CAUGAAGGCAGGCAACUUCAAGACCCAUUGCUAUUGAGCAUGCUCAGAUCUACUGAGCAUGCUCAGUAGCAGUGAACGAUCGGCAUAUUAAACCGGCUUCCGCACUUAUGUGCUUGUUCUUGGUGUAGAAGGAAGGCCAGAGAGUGAAGGAUGCCUAAAAAGAAGACAGGUGCUCGCAAGAAGGCUGAAAAUCGCAAAGAACGUGAAAAGCAGAUAAGAGCUUCGAGAGGCAACGUAGAUUUGGCAAAACAUCCCUGCAAUGCUUCAAUGGAAUGUGAUAAAUGUCAAAGGCGGCAGAAAAAUAGAGCAUUUUGCUACUUUUGUAGCUCAGUUCAGAAGUUACCCAUCUGUGCACAAUGUGGGAAAACAAAAUGUAUGAUGAAAUCUUCAGAUUGUGUCAUAAAACAUGCUGGUGUAUACAGCACUGGUCUUGCAAUGGUGGGGGCUAUUUGUGAUUUCUGUGAAGCCUGGGUUUGCCAUGGUAGGAAGUGCCUCAGCACACAUGCUUGUAUCUGCCCUCUUGCAGAUGCAGAGUGCAUUGAGUGUGAGAGAGGAGUCUGGGACCACGGUCCUGGCUGAAUAUUCCGCUGCUUCUACCGGCAUAACUUCCUCUGCGGCGAUGACCGCGCCGAACAUCAGGCCAGCUGCCAGGUUCUGGAAGCUGAGACCUUUAAAUGUGUUUCCUGCAAUCGACUUGGGCAACACUCAUGUCUCCGUUGUAAGGCUUGUUUCUGUGAUGAACACACCCGGAGCAAGGUUUUCAAACACGAGAAAGGACAUGAGCCUCCCUGCCCAAAGUGUGGGCAUGAAACGCAGGAGACCAAAGACCUGAGCAUGUCAACACGGUCGCUCAGAUUUGGCCGACAGACAGGAGGUGAGGACGCCGACGGGGCUUCUGGCUACGAUGCCUAUUGGAAGAACCUCUCCACUAGCAAAGAUGGAGAUGCUGGCGAUCACGAUGAGGACUACGAUGAAUAUGAAGCAGAGGAUGAUGAUGAAGAUGAUGACCAUGAGGAAGGAGGGAAGGAUUUGGAAAUGGAGGCUUCUGGCUUGUUUAGCGGCUUGAAUUUAGGAAGAACCUACGCUAGUGGGUACGCGCACUACGAAGAGCCUGCAGACUAAGGCUGCAGUCCUAAGCACUCUCAGCAGGUGUCAAGUCCCCUCAAAUGUGAUGGGACUUAGCGUCUGAGUAGACAUGUUUAGGAUUUGCCCAUAAGUCCAUGCUUUUGGGGGCACUAUCAUUUGAGAGGAGCUGUGUGUAUAGUUAGUGAUUUUUUAGUAUGGUGAGUACUGGAAUAACUUUGCUAGGCUUUCAAGUAGAAAAGCUUACUGGGAAAGAAAGGGAAUAGAGAUUCUACAGGAGGUUAAAAUGUAUAUGGAUGCUAAAGGGAAGGACUGGUGAGUAAAAUGGAUUUGGGGUUGCGUUGGGUUUGGUGAUGUGAAGUGAAGUGAGGAUUGGACUUAACACUCCUCCCCAGCAUAAGACAGCAGCUGAGGCAACUAAGGCCAUUUCUGUUUCUCUGUGUUCACCAGAAAUGAAGUUAUUUUUCCUGAGUGAUUUUGAUGAUGCUUCUGUUAUCUUGUUCCAUAAACUAUCAAUAUUGGUGGCAAUGGACAUUGACUAUUUUUAUGUCUCAAAGGCCAUCAUGCUGCGAAAACUAGAUUUUUUUCACAAAUAUUGAUCCAUCUUGAGCACUUGGGGAAAUGCUUGCUGCAAGCUACUGUACUCAAAAUAUAAAUUGAAAUUAAAGUUACUUUGACAUUUUGUGUAAGCAAGAUCGAUCUGUAGAUUCCCUUGCAAUGCGCUUUGGAAACAUUAUCUGAUUCUGCCUUUUUUAAAAACACUAUACACCAUACAUUAACUGUAGAACCCACAACCACUUUCAGUAUGACCUAAAUAAACUUUUGAUCUCAUAUUUAUCACAA